AUGACAGGAAUUGCAAGUGGCGGAGCCAAGAGUGCGGUUAUAAAUAUUGACGAUAGACGACCAACGCUCACGGGCUUGUAUGUAGGCACUGUUUCGACCUCUGUGCCAUCGAAUGUUACUCUCGGCAUGACGGAUUUCACUGAGCGUGCCAUGUGUUUGUCGCGGCUCGCAGUCAAAACGCUUCAGAUCGCGGGCUUAGCCACCCUGAAAACUCUAGCCACGGUGCUUUGCGCUGGUGAAGUCAACGAUUGCAUGGUGCCCUCCUAUGCACGGCUGGGAGUUGCGUCAGAGCUUGUGAGCACACUCUCCCACAUCAUCGAACGUCCGGACUCAGUCUUGGAGUCCUCGGAGCGAUACUUUGUCCAGCAGAUGACUUUAUGUGCCGCAGGGCGCUGUAUCUUCAUCAUGGACGGCAAUAAGCUAGGAUUGGCCGUGCUCCUAGGAUGCGAACUCCCACUCGUACUGCGGCCUCUGCAUGACGCAACGUUCCAAGUCCUGGGUGAGGCGUACGUAGAGGGUUCCUUGGCAAUUGACCUCAUCCGUGGGAGCUUGUCUGGACUCAGGAGGACGGAUAUCACGACCACAGGUUCAGGAACGUUGAGACCGGAGAGGUGUCAUACCAUGAUCCGCGUCUGCCUCCUUUGCCCGAGGAGUGGGAAGAUAUCACAGUUCCGCACGAGCCUGAUCACAUUUACUACCAGCACAAAGACACAGGCGAGAUCCGACGGAGCAAGUCAGAAGAUCCGCGCUGUGAUGUCGAUGCUUUGGAAGCUCGGGGUGCAAGACUACAAGACUUUACCCUAG